GUUCCCACGACGCAUCGGCGGCUCCGUAAUUACUCUUCCUGGAGGCGGAACCAUGAUGUCUGUCUACACAAACCCAGAAGAUGUGUUGCGGGCGGAGAAGCAGAUGGCGUAUAAGAGUCUCUCGCCUGAAGAGAGGCUUGUUCAGGAUCGAUGGGCCAACCAGAAAGGGUUGGAAUUAGCGCCAUGUCCAAACAAUUUUAACUGGAUCAGACACAGGACAGGAAGAGGAUACGAAUGCAGUGACGGUAUGCACUAUAUACCGGACGACCUAGUCGCUGAGGGCAUGCCAGGCAUGUAUACAACAGCAAGACGACCGUCUGAUAUCAUAAAUCAUUUGGUGCGGCACUCUAACCAGAAAAUCCCGAACGAUUUCUGUGGUAUCGUGAGGCCUGUUUCCCAGUGCCCCAUGACUGGGAGAUGGGAAUACCCGCGUUGGAGCGCCGGUAUGGGAGAGCCCUUCAUGGAGCCAUACUAACGGGCGAGAAUGUUUCAGUGUGCCAUUAGAUAGCACGAUAAUAGAUAGCAUAACGAUAUGAAAAAAAAGUCAUGGCAUCUGACUAUGAGUGAAGAUCAAGGGGCGAUCUUGAUUUUGGGUGUGCAGCUGAGGCCAUAUGCUCGCUUUGCCAAAUCCACUAAUAUUGGAGUAAAGCC